CAAUUGAUCUGUUCUUAAACUCAUUUGUUUACUAAAGCAUUCUUUUACUACACACUAAACGGAAAUUACAAACUGCUUCGACCUCUCUAUAUGGGAAUCAAGGUGCAUUCAUUUACUCUUUACCACCAUUGAAUCCUUUCGUUUUCCCUUCUAAAACACUGGAAUUUUCUCUCAAUGACCGCCAUAUUCAAUUUUCAGAGCUUGUUAUCAGUCCUCUUGUUGACGGUUUGUACUUGUACCUACAUUCACAGACAAUUCCCUGCUUUAUUGGAUAAAAGAAAAGAAGGUGUUACUACCGUAUUUUGGAAAUGCGCGAGAAUUGGUGAACGUGCUAGUCCCUAUAUCUCUCUUUUCUGCAUUUUGAUGGCUCUACGAUUAAUGUUUGGAUCCAGUUGAACAACUUUGGAUAUUAUUUACCUUCAUUUUAAGAAGCACAAAAACAAAAAUACAAAAACAACCGUAAUCCUUAUGAUAGACAAAUUAUGACCUUCCUCCUUUCUUACAAUGACCGUGGAAUUUCAACUAAAUACUGUGCAAAUUGGAUAUCUUCUACGCCGUCGACGCCUGUAAAUUGGUUUAUGAUUGCUGUAUGGAAAAUUAAGGAUCUGAACCUUGGCACUCUCUUAAUUCUUCUUUGUAAUUUUCUUCAUUCUGCUUCCUGUAUUGUAUAAAUGGUCCUUGUUAUUUCGGAUUGCCAUCAAACAAACUAUAUGAUCGCGAUUCGUUUACAAAAACUAUUACUUGGUUCUCAAAUUUAACUCGAAAUCU